AUGAGCAAGAAAUGCGCGUGGUACAAAAGAGGAAAAUUCAAGGAAGUGUUUGAGUUCGAGUAUUCCGACGACAAAGAUCCUUUGGUUGCAGAUAGAAUAGAAGGGGCUGAGUGGAAAGAACAGUGGUUGACCAUUAAGGAUCAACUGGAUGAGAGGCACUUCGACCGCAAGAAGAAGAAUCUCGAUCGAGAGCGCACCAAGGUCGAGCAGAUGGAGCCGUUCCGCAACGAAUGCAUCCCCAAACUCAUCUACCAGUACUAUGGCUUGGCCAGACGCGCAGACGCUAGUAUCAAUGCAGCGCUGGAGGAUUUCAGCCAGGUCCCGCUAAAUCUCAUCGCCGUCUGUUGCAACGCAAUAGAAGCAGCGUUGAUGGAGGUGACGUCGCAUCAGCCCAUCGCAUUCUCCAACAAGCACUUCGCCGCAAAGUGGGAUGGCAUUAUGGCCAUCCUAGAGACUCUGGAAGCCAAAGCUUCGGAGUACCUUGAGGAGACACAAGAGGUAAUUUGGGAGCACAUCAGCACUCGGCUCAACGCUGGCCCCAAUGCGUUCGAGAGCCUCUUGCCUGGCGGGGCUGCUGUUGCGCCCGUCAUCAUUGCAACGGACAAAAUGCAACUCACGCAAUUCUCGGGCAGAAAAUCAGUGUAUCCGGUCUACAUGACGCUCGGCAAUUUUCGGGCUCUGAGACACAAGCCCUCCAAACAUGCGUGUAUCCUUAUUGGAUACCUCUCAGUGGACAAAAUUGAUUCCGAUGGGAUCACCAAGCGCAAGCAACACACCCUAGCACAGCAGCUGUUCCACACGUCGGUACACAUUAUUCUCGAACCACUUGUCGAGGCUGGGAAGAGCGGUAUCAAUGUUACCGGAGGGGAUGGUGCGGUGCGCAGGGUACACCCGAUUCUAGCCGCUUAUGUCGCCAAUUAUCCAGAACAAUGCUUGGUGACAUGUUCCAAGUACGGUACAUGUCCCAAGUGCCAACUCCCAGAGGACCAGCUCAAGUCGCCCUAUGGAACCCGUCAUUUCAAGAAUGGAAUCUCUGUUCUUUCUCAGGUCUCCGGUACUGAGCGCAAGUACAUGGCACGAAUAUUACUUGGCUGCUAG